AUGCCAGCACCGACACCGAAAAGAGCACAAGCCUCGUCUUCGUCGGCGGGGGCGGGGGCUGCGGCUGCGGCGUCGUCGAAGCUUCCCAAGCGACGAGCACCGGCGCCGGGACGGGGCAAGCAGAAAAAGGUGUUCCCCGAGGAGCAGGGUCUGUCGCACCUUUUGUCGCUCACGCAGUCGAUCGCGGGCGUGACGAGCGAGAAGCUCGAGGCCAAGGCGCAGUCGAACCGCGAAAAAAAGCUCCAGAUCGAGGCCAAGCGCAUCGAGGACCAGCAGCGCAAGGACGACAUCGAACGGCGAAAGAGGGAUAACCAGUCGCGCGUUGGCGCGGCAGGCAGAGUAAAGAGCAAAGCAGAGAUCAAGGCGGCACUGAAGACGUCGCUGCGCGAAAAGUCGAAAUCGAGAAAAGAGGCGAGGAAACUCAAGAAAAAGGCCGCCGUCGGCGGCGUCGAUCCGUCGUCGUCGGCCUCGGUCUCGGCAUCGACGGGGAAGCCAGCAAAGAAGAAGAAGAGCGUCUCGUUUGCCGCGGCUUGA